GACCCAUUAAAGAGUUACCAAAUACGAAGUUCUGUUCUCGUUUCGUUCUCUUCUUUCUUUGAUUUUUUGACUUGGCAGGGGCAGGGCCUUUCUCGCUGGGCGAGCGCAUCCGAUCCUGUCCUAAACAACUUCCCGUUCUGUUGCUGAAAGAUAGAUGCUGAUAACGUUUCUAAAUGAGAUUUAGUUCACGGGAUAUGCAGGAUAGAAAGAUGCUAUUUGCUGCUAUUCCAUCUAUUUGUGCAUCAAGUCCGAAGAAGAUCUCAAUCUAUAAUGAAGAAAUGAUAGUAGCUCGUCGUUUUAUAGGCUUUAUCAUAUUCAGUCGGAAGAGUUUAGGUAAGACUUUCAAAGUGACUCUCGACGGGAGAAUCGAGGCUAUUCAGGAAGAAUCGCAGCAAUUCCCCAAUCCUAACGAAGUAGUUCCUCCGGAAUCCAAUGAACAACAACGAUUACUUAGGAUCAGCUUGCGAAUUUGUGGCACCGUAGUAGAAUCAUUACCAACGGCACGCUGUGCGCCUAAGUGCGAAAAGACAGUGCAAGCUUUGUUAUGCCGAAACCUAAAUGUAAAGUCAGCAACACUUCCAAAUGCCACUUCUUCCCGUCGCAUCCGUCUUCAGGACGAUAUAGUAACAGGUUUUCACUUCUCAGUGAGUGAAAGAUUUUUCCCCGGGUGUACGUUGAAAGCUUCUAUCGUAGAACUAAUUCGAGGGGGCUUGGUGGUAUUAAGAAUGGUUCGGGUGGGGGGUUCUCUUUUUUAAGAAUAAAGAAGAAGA